AUGAAUUUUCUUCGUUUUAAAUUAUAUUUUUAGAAAUAUGGAACAAGAAUCUGGCGGAAAAAAGUCCAAUGAACAGCUUUUAUCUGAACGAGAAGCCAUCAUGAGGCAACUUGCGAUGCUAGGAUCAGGCCCUGAAGAUCUAGACGUCGAUGAUGAAGAAGAGGAUGAAGAGGAGGAAGUAGAAAAAAUGGAAGAAGGAGUUGAAGAGACAAUGGAAAAUGCUUCCGUUGUAAAAGAAACAACACCAGUGAAAGAUGAGAAUAUUGUUGAAGAUUCUAAUUCAUCUGAAGAACUAUUUCCAUAUUUGGACUCUCCACCAGAAGAUAAAAUACAAGAAAUUUCGGCUAAUGAUACCGAAAUCGAUCAAAUUGAUAGUCCAAUCCGUUUUGAAGGCGUCAAAAAUCCUGCACAGAAAAUGGAUGUCGAUGGAGAAGAAGGAACAUCUACUGAUGCUCGUCCAGUUUCAGGAAGUUCUGGAAGCAGUGUCGGUGAACAAAUUCGGGCUCCAGUUCCAGUUUUAAAAACUAUCAUGGAUCGAAUCGAUUUAGAUAAAAGUAAUCCACUGCCAGAAGGAUGGACAGUUAUUUCUCAUCAAAGUGGAAUGCCAGUUUAUUAUCACAAGUUCACUCGUGUCGUCACUCACUCGAAACCGUAUCUCGUCGAAGGAAUUGUUCGUGAUCAUGAGAUUCCAGUAUCCUCAAUCCCUUGUCUAUACAAAAAGAUUAUGGAUGAGCUGCACGAAAACGUGGAAAAACAAUCUUCAAAGUGUCCGAUGACGUAUGAAGAAAGUCAAAGUAUGCUGGAAAUUCCCGUCAAGGAGCUUCGAAUGUCACCGGAUCGAUAUCAGAAAUAUUGCGAAAAGAGGUUCAAAUUCAAGCAAAUUACGGUGCAUCGAUACAUAAAUCCAGCUGAAAAAGAAGGUGUUGUUCUGAAAAAAAGAAUGAAUACAAUUCUGAAAAAGCGAGGAUUCGAUGCAGAUUAUGAUCAAUUGAAAAAGAAUAAUAAACCUGGAGAUGUACUACUUUCAUCAUCAACUGGAGCAAUUCUUAUUGAUUUAACACCAUGUCCAACGAAUAUAAAUAAGCGAAGUGGAUCUAAAAAACCAUAUUUAUUAAAUCCUAUGGGAAAAACCACUGUCGCUGUAUUGAACGAAUUUGUGCAGCGACUUGCAAAAGGGACACUUUUGUAUGAAAUUGAAGAUACUCGUAAUAUUCAUUGCCCGUACAAAGCAACUGCUCUUCUUACAAUGAAAAUGUGCACACUCCGUGAAAUGGCUGGUCAAUGUAAAGAAAGUCUUGUGGUUCUUAGUGAGAUUGCAGCGAAUGAUGAGAACAGUACGACGUAUUCACAAGGUCUUCUGCCUGAUUUGAGGCGAUUUCCAGUAGGAAGUGGAGUUGGUGCAAAUAAAAAGACUGCUCGGCUGGUUGCUGCACGUGAUGCUCUUUUGAAAUUAAUUCCAAAAUUGAGAGUAUCAGAAGAUAAUGUGUGUGAUGGAAUGGUUGAGGAAGAUGGAACACAACAAGGAUUCGAAGAACUCUUCAAAAAAGUGAAAAUCGAUUCUCCGAAUCUUGUUCAAAUGUGCACACAAUGUGCUAUUCCAAAACCAUAUAAUUUAUUACGAGACGCAGUUAGUAGAUCACUACGUUGGAAUGGAAUGGAAUUAGUGAUGAAAAAAGAAAUGAUUGGAAACGGAAGUCAACUGUCGAAAGUUAUACUUAUUCUUGGAGAUAUACAGGAAGAAGCUGAAGCUGUUGGUGUCAAACAGGCAACUCAGAUGGCAUCUCAGCGAUUAUUCAAGAAAAUGCAUCCGGAACUAUUGACAUAUGGAAGUUUUUUGGAAAUCUACGGAAGACUUGAUGAUAAAUCGAAAAUUGAUAAUGCGAAGAAACAACAUGACGAGGUCGUACGUCUCCCAGAUACUGGAAAUCUGCUUGCUCCAAACUUCAUCGUACUCUCCAAACUUUCGGAAGAAAUGAAGAACAUCUCACUAGUCUAUCCACCUAGAAAGUUUCUCUAUGGUCUCGCAACGAAUUCUACUGGAAUCAAACAUGACAUACGAAAUGUGCUAACUCAAACAUUGAUGGCAACUCUGCCUCCACCACCACCUCAAUUCUUUCCAAUGAUUGGUGGUCCUCCAUUGAUGCAUCCAACAUUUUCCACGUCAGCACCACCACCUCCUCCACCGCCUCAACCAAUGGAAUACGGGUAUAAUCCGAUGAAGCAGAUGCCUUCGAGAAAACGGGGAAGACAUGACGAUUCAUCAUCCCCAUCACAUCAGAAACCACACAAAUAGUAUAUUCACCUCAUAUGUUUGUUGUUUUGUUGGUAGUUUUAAUUUUUAAAUAUGUAUUGUUUAGAAAUAGAAAAUCUCCGAAAUGGGAGCCAAAGAUUUUCGGAGUUCGAUUUUAUUGUAAUACCUGAUUUCCAAUUUAUUUAUUUGUAUUCAACUUGCCCCUUUCUUUCAUGUUCUCACGUUUUAUAGCACAGUUCUCUCUUUUCAUUGUUAUAUUUCGAAUUUUUGAUGUGAUUUUAUUCCAACUCUAUAUGAAGCAUAAUGCUCCUUGUU